UAAAUUUCUGUAUCUUGUGUUAGUGACGCGGGCGGCGGGCGUGUACGUUCAUACGUCUCUUCUCCCGUCUUGCCAUCAUCUAUGCCACGACUUGGUAUUUGAGACGUCCGUGCCAAGACGCUUAAUAAAAGUAGAAACUAGUGCCUGGACACGUGUACCCAGUAACUUUACACGUAUGAUAUUAUCCUGGACGACCCUGUUUGAACACUUGUAAUUGGGAAGCUCGUUACCCAACUACUACAUACUUGUUACGCCCCGUGCCUUGGUGUGUGUCUGUGAGAGGUAACGAACUAGUGUAAAGCCCAGUGACUCCAGUUUACUGUCGACACUUGUAUAUACAGUAUAGUGAUCACCGGUCAGUUUAAUUGACAGUGAACCAAAGAAAAACUGACCACAAGCUGACCAAGAACUGCCUCUCCAUCAAGGACUUCAGGUGGUACCUGAUCACCACGCCAGCAGCACGCAGCAGUCCACCGUAGCACCACGCAGCAGUCCACCGUAGCACCACGCAACAGUCCACCGUAGCACCACGCAACAGUCCACCGUAGCACCACGCAGCAGUCCACCGUAGCACCACGCAACAGUCCACCGUAGCACCACCGCAGUAGGUGUGGUCGGGCCUGCCUGGCUGUUUACUCAACAAGCCAAGAUACGCUAAUCACUUAUUACAGGUGUGUUGAAGGGCUGCCAUGGACGACAUGUUUGGCAACAGCAGCAGUGAGACAGUUAUGGAGGCUGACCUCUCACGAGUCCUCGCCAACAUCAACCAAGACAUUGCUGACCUCCAGUACCACCAACUGCAGAGAGACCCCCUUCAGCCACAUCACCAUAAGACUCACACAGCUGCCAGGACGACACAUGCACAACAAUCACAGCCACUAAGUGCCACCACUAAUGUGGCACAUAUUGUCAAUAGACCCUUGUUCACCAAGACUUAUGCCCUGCCGCUCUCAUCUCCCACAUUACGAGAAGACUCGACCCAUCUUGGUAACCCACUGAGGAUGACCUGCGGGAGUACAGUUGCCCAUGUUCCAGUCAUCACAAGUGUGGGCAUGCAGGUAGAGGGAAGAGGAGGCCCAGUGCCUCACCCCAGGUCCCUACACAAGGCUGGAGGUAGUGGAGGGGCACUCAGACACACACAGUCGGCAGUGGUGGGUCGUGUGUGUCACUCCCAGACCCCUCGACCCAGGGCUCUCAGUACCGGUGCCACCACACACUACCACAACGAGAUGAUCCAGCAGCAGCAGCACUCCCACCACCAGGUCCAUUCACAGCACGAAUUUUACCAACGGGUGCAACAUGAGCACAGUUAUGUUAAUCUACAGCCAACUCAUUUACAUCACCAACAAAAGCAGCCACUACAGGUGCAGGUACACAUAGAACAACAAACAGGACGUCCUGUGUCAACAUAUGACAACAUCCAAGGCUCAUCAACACAGGUCCCUCAUUCAUCCACGCCCCGUCCUCCACAGUCAGCACCACCCGUUUUACAGGCCACCCCAGCCUUCCCUCACAUUCUGGUCUCACCCACACCUCACACAACUGUACCAAGGUAUAUGAAUGUUCCUCUUCUUGGUAGCCUCAGCCCUGCUGCCUCUCAUAAAGAACACUCUAAAGCCCAGGUAUGUGGAGGAAGCAACAGCGCCCCUUCAACUCCCGGAGGGGGAAGCAGGGGCAAGUCACAGCAUCUGCACCACAGCUACAUUGAGUUGUGGUCUGGUGCACAUGAAGAACGUGACUCACUCAGUGACAGCGAAUGUGAGGAGUUACGGCGCUCAUUCCAGGAACCACAGGCUCCAUCCCACCGACCCUGUGCAGGUUAUGUAGAAAUGAGUUCACCAUACGUUAAAAGCCCUCAAAUGACAAGCCCUUUUAAUGGCUCUGUGCUAGCUGACCUAGCAACCAAAUUAGCUUCAUAUGCAGGUCAUCAACCAAGGAACAUAUUUUGUCCCUUUUGCCCACGUUACUUUGGCUAUGAAAAAAGUCUUGGGAGCCACAUUCAUAAGGUGCACAGAGAAGAAUUGAAUGCCAUGGUGGAAAAUCGUUGUGGUGAUAUACAGCUUCAGUUUUGCCCCAUUUGUCAGGCUCAGUUCUUCAACACCACUGUUCUUCCUAAACAUCUUAUAGAUUUCCACAGGGCAUCAGUUAUAGAAAUCCUUGAGAAGAACAACUGUAUUAUGUCUGAUGCAGUAGGCAUCCAGUGCCCCUUUUGUGUUAAGAAAGUUCCUCAUGGAAAAACUGGUGAACAAGUGCUCCUUUACCACAUGCAACAGCUUCAUCUCUCCGACUAUGAAAACAUGGUCAAGGCUAAAUUCCGUCCCUACAAUGGGGGCAGCCAUGAGUCUUUGAAGAGUAUAUCAUCAAAUGAUGUGUCUCAAUUGGCACCCUUCCAGCCUGGUGUCACAUCUACUCCUGGCCUUAGUAAUAAGCUAGGUACUAUGGCUCUCACCACAGAUGCACGGCGGAGUGUUGAGGCUCUCAAUCUGGACAUGACGUGGUCCUCACAUGGCAGGACGUUCAGAGCACCAAUUCCUCCUCAGUCUCCAGCUGAAGGUAAAUCACAGGAAGAAGAAACCCAAUCAAAUAAACAGUUACCUUCAUCAAUCAGUAAGGGAAUUUUGCGUCACCAAAGUGGCCUCAAUAGAAAGCCAAGUGUUAAACGAGAACUACGCUUCAGUGUACCACCAGUGACCAGUGAGGAAAUAUUUGUGCCAGAGUCACCGGAGCAGACAACUCCUGAACGUUUGACUGACAAUAUGCAGCAGCAACAGCAGCAAAACCUACAGCAGCAACAGCAACAAAACCUACAGCAGCAACAGCAACAAAACAUACAGCAGCCACAGCAACAAAACAUACAGCAGUCACAGCAGCAAAACCUACAGCAGCCACAGCAACAGCAGCAUCAAGACGUUCAGAAUGGAUCCAAAAGAAUUAUUCCUAUACGUGUUGACAGCUUAUCUGCUGCAGAUUUCAUGGACCUGAAUGAGAAGUCUAAUGGACAGCGCAAGAGAAGACGGUUGGGUCUUGGUCUUCGUUCUAGGAAAGCCUUCAAGAAAAAAGAUAAAGAAAACACGGGGGAGCGUGAAAUAAGCCACCUAGCAACUGGAACUGGCAAAAUUAUCAAUGGUGCCAAGAGACGGGUCACUGUAACCCCCCAUGUCACCGAGAGUGACAUCGUCCCCACACCAGCCACCAGGAUUUUCCGACGACCAAAACCGGUGGCUAUUCCUCGUGUUCCUCAGCUCCAGCCAUCUAGUGACCAGGUUCCUGCUCUUACAGGUGCAGAAAAUGUCCCAAAGCACAAUGACCACCAAACAUCCUCAGAGAAAGAAGAGAUUGGUUCUGAUGCAUCACCAUUCACUAAUCUGAAGCUUUACUCCCCACUACGUAUGUUCCGAUGUAACAGUUGUCGAGUAAAGUUUUGUGAUAAUGAGUCUUUGAGUGGACACAUUGGGUCACGCCAUAGAGGCCUGUUGUACCUCUUGCGGCCACAGUAUGGCUGUGGUGUGUGCUCAGCAAGGUUCUUUGAGAAUAAAUACCUUGUUAAGCACUGUCUGCAGCACCACACCUCCCUGCUAGAGAUUCGUAGUCCACGUAAACACAAGAUAACCAUAUACCGAUUUACUCAAGACUGACUAUAUUUCUAAACUGUAGUGUUAAAAUGUACUGUACUAUGCUAAAAAUAUCUUCUAAACAGUACAGUAAGUGCUUAUAAUAAGUUCAAGUGAAAAGGUACUCAUGAAUUUGGCCCAAGCUGAAUUACAUUUACAAAAUGUGCUACCUAUAUUAUACAAUAAGCAGUCUCUGAUUAAUAAACUCUGGUUUAAGAAUAUCUAAAGAAAAAAAAGUCCCAUGUUUUGAUGUACAAGGUACUGUACAAAAAAUCACAAGUCAAUUUUUUUUUCACAGUAUCAAAAGAUGUUGAGGGACUAACAGGCAUAUUCAGUGUAUCCUAUUCUAGACCUGUUCACUUUAUGAAAGACUAUGAAACUAAAAGCAAUGUACAGUACAGUACUGUACACCUAUUAUAUUAAAGUGAUUUACUAACCUGAAAAUUAAACUGGCAAGUUAUUCAGGAAAAUUAAUAACCAAAUGCACUGUAAAGAGCUACAUACAGAAAAAUUUCUGUCAGCUUCAAGAGUGAUCGAAGGAGUGGUUGUUAAGAUUCAAUGUAACAAAGUGUAAGAGGAUGCACCUAGGUCAUGCCAACAGGAAAGAGGCAUAUCACAUGAUCCAACAGGACAAAGAAACAGUAUUAACAGAAACCGAAUGUGAAAUGAACCUGUGUGUACAUGUAUGUUGACAGUGAUCUUAAAAGUUCUUGGUCCAUUGUGAGAAAAAGAAGAAUCAAACAACUAAGCUAGUAGGUCUUACAAGGUCAUUCAGAUAUCUAGACUGUACUUGCCAACAGUGUGUAACGGAGACGUGACCGACCACCCAAGUCCCUAACAAGCCGACCAGUGGCGAAGAGAAUAAAAGUAAAAAGUUAGAAUACAAACCCGGGUUUCCUGGGUCCUAGGUCAUCCAUGUUACCUAGGCCUCACUAUAGACUAUGUCAAAUUUUGCUUCCACACACAAACUCGGCUAAAUGUUUGUUUAUGUUUUCCAGAACAAAACUUGUAAAUUGCGGGACUGCCUUUUUAAGUUCAUGUAAUACCGUACUGUCCUUCCUAAUUUAGUAAUUUUUUUGCAUGAAUAAAAACAAAUUAUAGUUAUAUAUAUAUAUAUAUAUAUAUAUAUAUAUAUAUAUAUAUAUAUAUAUAUAUAUAUAUAUAUAUAUAUAUAUAUAUAUAUAUAUAUAUAUAUAUAUAUAUAUAUAUAUAUAUAUAUAAUGUUUUGUAUACACAAAGUUCAUAAAUGAAUGCAGUUUUUCGUUUUUGUAAGAUAACAGUACUGUACUUUUACUAUAUUAGCCAAUUCAAUAUUUUGUGUAAUGUAAUAAACCAUAGCACGGACUGUACAUAAAUAACUUGAUUCAUCUUCAAGUUUCCCUGUAUAUAACUGGAUGUGUUGUUAUUGUCAUGCCCGUGCUUUGUGCCAUAAUAAACAAAGAAAUAUUUUUA